AUGGAAGACGAAGACGUUGCAAUUUGUCUGCUACUCAGUCUUCCGAAGAGCUACGAAAAUGUGGUGCUCAACAUGGAAAUGAGCAGCACCGAGCUUCGCACUCAAGAUGUGGUGAGAGUCCUGACGAAUGAGCAUGCCAAGCGUCAAGGAGAAAAAGGGACAACGACAGCGACUACGGUGAAGGCUGAAGAUGCAAGCAAGGCAUUCAGCGCCGAGCGUGAGCCCUACCAAUGCACGUAUUGUGGCAAGGUGGGACACACGGUGGAUCGUUGCUGGACAAAGCAGAAGAACGAAGGUCGGGGAGCCCGACGCGGCGGCAAUGGUCGUGGACGCGGGGCUAACAAUGUCCAGUGGGGACAUCAUGAUGAAGGCAAUGGCUACGAUCGAGUGGCGUUUGCAGUCUCGUUCGAAUGUGGAGUUUCGACGAGCAAGGACGUGUCUGGAAUGUGGGCCGUCGACAGUGGUGCAACGCACCACAUUUGCCACGACAAGACCAAGUUUGCAAGUUUGGCAGAGCGCAAUGAGGGCGAACUCUUGGUGGCUGAUGGCAACAAGGUGGCCAUCAAGGGUGUGGGAACCAUCAUGGAAAAGGUGGUUCUGCCCAACGGUGAAGAGCGUGAGAUCGAAAUCAAGAACGCGCUAUAUGUUCCAAGUAUGAGCAAGAACCUGCUCUCGGUGCCACAGAUUAACAGCCAUGGCAAGUUUCAAGUCGUGUUUGACGGGUCCAAGAUGUAUGUGACUCUCAAGAACUCACAGCAAGUGGUGGCGACAGCGGAUCUCGUGGAUGGACUCUACUGGCUUCGGACGACUCAACGAUCAGCGAAUAUGACAACAAGUGGAACCAGUUGUGCCGAUCUACAUGCGAGAAUGGGUCAUGCUCCAGUCGAUGUACUUCGCAAGAUGAUCGCGACCAACAUGAUCAAGGAUGUGCGAGUCCCUCUCAAGUCGGGUGGAGCAACUACAUGUCGAGGAUGUCAACAAGGGAAAAUGGUCCAAAAACCAUUUCCAAGCAACCGAGACAAGCGCAGCUACUAUACGUUUGAGCUACUUCAUCUGGACAUCUGCGGGCCCAUGGAAAAGGAUUCGCUCGGUGGCAGCAAAUAUUUGCUACUGAUCAUCGACGAAGCCAGUGGAUGCAUGAAGGGCUUUUGUCUACGAGUGAAGUCCGAGAGUGAAGACUACAUCCGGAAAUAUAUCACCAUGGUACAGACGCAAUUCUGUAAGAAGGUCAAGUUCGUGCGACACGACGGAGCUCGCGAGUUUGCAACCAACUCGCUUCAACUGUUCUACGAAGACGAAGGCAUUGAACAGCAGACAACGGUGCCGUAUGCACAUCAAACAAACGGAACAGCAGAGCGUGCCAUUAGGACUAUUGUCACGAUCGGCCGCAGCAUGCUUCAUCAUGCCAAACUGGACAAGUGUUUCUGGGCCGAAGCAGCGAUGACGGCCAUCUACGUCAAGAAUCGACUGCCGUCACCUAAAGUCGUGCACAAGACCCCCGUUUGA